UCAUGGCAAAAUAUUUUCCUUAUAUUCAUCUCCAAAGUAACUUUCUGAAAAUUAUUAAGCAUUGAAAUGUUUUUCUUUCUUUUUAAAAUUUUAUCAGACCUUUAAAUUGUUAUGUCAGAUAAAAACUUAUAGGCCUAUAGUCAUGCAGGUUCUCUGAUUUCACAAUUUUAGAAAUGUUUUAGCCGUCACUUUUCAGCAAAAUAAUAAAUACAUCAUUAACUAGCAAAAAUAUCUAAAAGAGACAAUCACGAUGCCAUUUGAUUGAUGAUACAUAUAAGAUCAAGUGACUGAUUCUCAAAACGAAGACAAGGAAGAAACGGGAGGAAAUACCAUCGAUAUGCAUUUCGGCGCCGAGUAAAACCAAAUGACAUCGAGUGUUUCCGAUAAGGUAAGUGCUCUCACGUCAUGCUCUUUAUUUCACAUUUUAUUCAGUCUGAUUCUUUAACCCCAUGGAUAAUUAAGUAAUUGAAAUGGCAUGUCAAUAUAACAAUUAAUAGGGCACAUACAAAAACUACAGUGUAGUACUCAUAUUAUAUGACAAUUUACCGAUGACAGGUGCCCGGAUUAAAUAUCAUUUUUGUUGUAUGAAAGAGACAGUCAGCGCUUAGAAAUGUCGAUAACCGUGUAGAGUCUGUGAUGUCCAUUUCCAACGUGGGAAAAUGCUACGGGUAAACUGGUUGAAUCUCUUUCUGGCGAGCCAUGCCUGCACUGUUACCAGUUGUUUCUUGAGUUGAUCACCGUGACCGCUAGAUGAAUAGUACACACCGAACCGAUAAUAGGCCUAUUUACAAAAAGGGGGAAAACGCAUUUGUGUGAAAAGAAAGAAAGGAAAAUAGUUGGCUUUGAAUUAGUGAAAUAUAACUUAAUAUGUGCGUCUACUGUGUGGUUACUGGUAGCCUACUACCUGCAUUAGGGUUAAUUGCCAACCUAUAAGGCCUAGUCUUGGAUUUUCCACUUUCCUUCCUUUAUCUAUCUGCUAAUUUUGUAAUUCUGUCUAAGAAAACAAAGUCAAUCAACAAUGAAUUAUUAUGUUCCAAUGGACCUUUUUAUCAAAAUUAUCUCUUCUUGUUACGUUUCAGUUAUUUUAAAAAUUUACUUAAAAUUCCUUGAAUAAACUGUCAGCUUUAAUAAGACUCUCGCAAAGAACAAAAUCUCGCGAGAGUUAAAUCCAACAUGGUUGCCUUAGGUUAGCCGGCAAUUUUGCCGACGUAUAUUUCUAAAUUUUACAUCAAUUCUCCGUCAAAGAUGGAGUUGAUAUAUAGUGUAUCGGGUUCGUCCACCAGGAAACCAAUUUAUGGCCAUAUGCCACGUUCCAUAUGCACGUUUUCAUGCCGGAACGCGGUUGCUUUUACCAGCACACAGGCACUAGACGAGGCUGCGGAGCUGGGCAAGGACAAAGACGAUCUGCUUAUGCAGGAAAAACAAGACAGACCCAUGUCAUUUGAACACCAGUAUCAUGUGUAUGUGUAUGAUGUGGAGAAACCCUGGGAGGUGUUUGAAGUGACCAGACUGGAUGAGGCUGUCCAGCAGUUACACUGGGACAGUAGUGGCUCAAGACUGCUGGUCAUUGACAGACUGGGCAAUACAGCCAUAUGGAAAAUGAAGGAUUAUUUAAUGAACAACUGGGAGCUCUGUCACCAGUCCAGUGUAGAGGGGGAAGAGUUCCUGUGCGCCGCGUGGCUCCACACGGGAAUCAUGGUCCGUUACGACCUGGACAAGAGGGAGAGCUAUCUGUAUGAUGGAAAAUUCACCCGUAUUUCCUUCUCUCCCUCGUUGUGCCAGUUUGGUGGGAAAGCCACUGAUGGCUGGAUAGGAGUCACUGCUACUGGAUUGGUCUGUGUUGGUGUACCAGGUAGUGAACAAGGAAUGACAGUUGUCAGAAAUGGCCUGUCACAAGUACGUAGCAGGUACCAGCUAGCAGCCCUGGCUUUCUCCAGCAAUGGGAACAUCAUUGUGGCAUGCAGUGAUGGCAACAUUGCCUCCUGUAUACAGUGCUUUACAGUGACAGUGACAAUAGACAGCAACAGCACGUGCAGUAUACAGAGCAAUCCGCAUGCCAGUUUUUUCGUGCAUGCUCACACGGACCCCCAGUACAAAGACUCCCCCUUUGCCAGGAUUUCACACUUGGAUUUCACAUCACGAGAGGACAGUGACACCAUCUUGGUUUGGUCGGAGACAGAUCAGUUGUCCUGCAUGGAGAGCUGGCACCUCCAGGAGCAGGCUGUAGGCUUGCACAAAUUCUUUCAGGGCAAUCUCAACACAGACACUCGGCAACCAUUCAAAUUGCUGAAGUGGGUUCUGAGGUCUAAUCUUUCCCACUCCAGUCCAGUGUCAAGUGUGGCCAUGCCAAGGUACCCCAGCGCCCUGACAAAACCAGAGUCCAACCCCCUCCUCCCCAAGUGCAUCUUGAUCGCCUUCAGAGAUGGCACAGUCAAAAUGGUGAACUCGUACACAUUUGGCAUCAUAGCGUCAUUUAAUUUGGAGACUGUGAGGCAUUCUUCUUAUACAGUAACUGGUUUUCCUGAGAAGAGGAGAAGAGCCAGCCUCCAUGCUGUGUGCAUCGAGCAGAGCUAUACAGGUUCAGUGGCCCUGUUGAUGGAUUCUCAGGACCAGAUGUACAUGUUGAAGUUGUUGAACACGCGUGACCCGGCCAUGCAGGCGCCUCUAUCGCAUAUCACGUCGCUGUUUGAGUACGUGCUGUUGACAGGCCGUGACUGGUGGGAUGUGCUGGCUGUGGUGAAACCUGGAAGUAUAGACACAGUGAUCCAGCGUCUGUCAGAUGACUACAUGAAGCAGCCCAACCACAUGCAGGAGCUGCUGAAGACCCGAUUCCUUGCCCUGAAAGCUGCUCUGUAUAAACACUCCAGUGGAGGGCAGGGGAAGGCUGGAGACUGUCACACCAAGCUGCUGCUGUUCUCCAUCUCUACAGCAUUCAAGUCCAUACUGAGACCUAAAGCACUCGGUUCACAGGACAAGAGUCCAGCAGAGAGGCUAGCUGCCUCGUGCAGUAAGGUCAUGGAGCCUGACCUUGACAAGGUCAUGAUGAGCCUCAAUGUGGAAAACAAGGACUAUGUGGUAGAGCCAGCCACUCUCCAGUCCUUACAGCCCCUCAUCCAGUGGGUUGCCGACUUCAGCCUGUCCUUACUGGCCUCUCUGGCUCUGUACCAGACAUACCCUGGCCACCCCGGGGCCACCAUCAUUCACGACCCUGUGGCAAUCAACACACUGCGGGAACUCCUCGUGAUCUUCAGGGUGUGGGGACUCAUCAGCAGCAGCUGUCUGCCGCACUUCAUCACCACGGCGUCCAACCUGGACUGUCUGGCCCUGCUGUUUAAGCUCCUGACUAAGCUUUGGGGCAUUUGUAAGGACGGCGGGAACGCCGAAUAUGACGAGGCUUUGGUGGAUGAGUGUUGCUCCCUUCCCAGCCAGUUAAUGGUGCCAUGUGUUGAGCAGCAUGUUAUAAUGUCGUCACCCAUGGCUUUACAGCUUGCUCUACAGCACCCACAGAGAUUUAUCAUAAACCAUCCGCCAGAGGGUGCUCACAAACCCAACUUGGUCUCGUCUUGGACUGAGGGACAGUAUCACACCAACGCCUUGCGUGAUGUUGUAAGGCAGAUUUUCAUUGGUUCGUCACCGGCUGAAGAUGUUCGGCGGUGUCUGCGGUGUGGUAGUCUGUCUCUGUUGAGGAGUACCAGUAAGACCGCGGCCAUGAAGGCGUGGGACCAGCGCUGGUCUAAGAUGUGUCUGUGUGGAGGACACUGGAAGCUGGAUUACGCAGACGACAGCAGUUGAGAUGAAGAGUUAUGAGUAUAAUAUUUCUACACUUUCGCCUCAUGAGAGAAACAUAGUUACAUUGAAUAUUCGAGUAAACGUUCGAAUAACUGAUCAUAAGCAAAUAAUGAUAAUUGUGAUAAAACAUCAUUUGCUUGUUUUAUUUUGCCAGAUUAUUCGUCAGUGAAAAUUCAGUCUGUCAUCUGACAUUAGUGGCUUUUCACAAAGCCUUCUUGUCUAAAGUUGAAUUCAAUGGAAAUACGAGAUAUAAGAUAUUUUCCCAGUUCCAGUGAUUCUUCGUCAUCGGUCUCUGUUCUCUUGGAUUGUAUAUUGUACAGUAUAUCAAUGUAAAUAAAUUUAUAUAUCGUG